AUGUCCCUUCUCAAACUUGUUAAGGAACUCGGCUUUCGUUAUAAGAAAGUUGAAAGCGAUGUGGUAAAGCAGCACAAGUACCUCCAGGAGUAUGAAAUUGACAAAAUCGCUAGAGAUGCAUGCCAUGAGGUACUCAGACUUCCUCCUUAUCACUGCGAGCUCAGCUCGAUAGAAUUUAUUUGGACACAAGUAAAAAAUGAGGUUAAGAAAUGCAAUUCAAAUCCCAAUCAGACUUUGACAAAUGUUGAACGUAUAACUAAACGUGCAAUAGACAGAGUAACAGCAGAGGACUGGAAGUCAUGUAUGCGUCAUGCAAGAGAAGUGGAGGAUAGUUAUAGGAAAAGGGAUAUAGCGCGUGACCAUCUAACUGAGAAAUUGAUUAUAAACAUCACCAGUGACAGUGAGGAGUCGGAGAGUGAUGAUGAAUGA